GUAUGUUGGUCUUAUUGUUUAUUUCCUUAAUUCAUUUUUUUCUGAUUUGUGGUUGAAAAAAAACGUUUUCUUAAGAAAAAUUCAUAUUAGAAAAAUUUUAUCAUUCUUUUCUCAAUUUAUUGAUUUAUUUCUAAAUGGCGGAUACUCUCCACGAAGCUUUAAAACCAUUAUCCUGGCUCUCCGGGCGUUGGACUACAAAAGACGGUCGCGGGUACUACCCGAAUAUACCAGAUUUUCAAUAUCAUGACGACUUGGAGUUUAUAUGCAUUGGUCAACCCAUGUUCAACUUCACAUCCAUAUCCAGACAUCCCGAGAAGCAGUCACCCAUGCACCAGGAGCGCGGCUACUUACGCAUUAAACCGGGAACAAACGAGCUGGCAUUCAUAGUGAGCCAUAAUUUUGGCCUCACAUCCCUCGAGGAAGGUCAAGUGGAUUUUGAGAAGAAGGAAAUAGUGUUGGAGACUGUGAAAAUUGCACGUAUGUCAUUCGCUAAACCACCAGAAGUGAAGAAAUUCAAAAGAGUCAUCAGACUAAUGGAACCAGAUACAUUAGAAGUAAUAUUGCAGAUGGAGACAGAAAAUAACCCAUUGUCAGAGCAUUUGAAAGCUGUCUAUAGAAAGGUGGACUAAUUAAGGUAAUGGAAGUAAUUGGACCUACUCAAUUACAUUAUACAUAUUUGUAUGUACAUGGAGAGUUAGUUUCGAAUGCCACUUAAAGAAUUAUUUGGGUCUAAAGCAAUAUAAAACAACUAUUAUACAACUUAUGGGGGGUAGAAGGCUAAACUUUUGCUACUAUGUACCCACCAAAUAAUUAUAAAAUUAUUAAUUGAAUUGAUACAAAUGAUUAAUCUAUAUGCAGUCAAAUAUUAUGUUAUUGAAGAUUAUCUAGAAACAUUAGACACCAGAGGGCGACACUCACAUGAGUAAUAAUAAUAUAUAUAAACAUACUUAAUAGUGCAUAUUUAUUAGAAAGGAGGACUCUUCAGUGGCUGUGAAUCUAUGGCUAUGAGAGAAAAAUGAAAAAAAAACAGUUCUUUAUUGUACACAAAAUAAGUUUCUUCUAUAUUUACAUAUUGAUAUAGAAUGUGCAAUUUGAAAAGGCAGCUUUAUCACCAGAAGCAAUCUCUACAGACACCUUGAUGGUUAAACCAUAAGAAGUUGUUAAACAGAAAGUAAUGAAGCUAAAAAGAGAUGGAGAGCAUUGAAGAAGUUGGAAGGAACUGUUAUGAUUUUUUCAGUUUAUAUAGUGUUACACAAAUUAAUAUUUUUGUUGAUGACAAAGAAACAAUUAAAAAAAAACAUUCAUUCAUGUGACUAAGAAAUUAUUUGAAAUUGUCCAUCUAUUUGGUCACGGAGCUACCUGCGUUAUCCAGAGGAUGCAUCAACACUCUGUUGAUGAGAUUUAUACUAAGACUAGAAAGUUUGGCAUCUCCUACCUUUGUUGAAACAUCCACUUAUAGAAUUCCUUUCCAGCAUCUAUGUUUCCUAUUGGGUAUAACUUGUAUUUCUUCAAGAGAGGUGUGAAGAAAUGUUCAUAUAAGCUAUUAUAGUGUGGACUGCAGGUUUGAUGCAAUCUCAUGUGGAACCUGCAACUUGAAGAGGCAGAUUUCAUAAAUAAUUACCAACAGGUGACUAUGGAGUCAAUGUGUCAAGUCAGUAUAGAAAAAAAAUUAUCAGCUGGAAGUUGCUUCCACAGCUGCAUUCUCUGAAAAGGAUUUAUAUUUACUAUGGAACAUUGUGUGGCUAUAUGAAGAUAGAAGAAAUAAUGGAACACAAUUUUUUACCUUUUUACAAUUAUGUGGAAGACAAAGUGAGGAUACAUUCUGUGAAAGUUAUUAUGAAUUGAUGAACAUUUUUUACUCUUUCAUGCAAACACUAGUGAAUGGAUUUAAAUGAAGUUUGUUUCAUGGGUAGCAGUCAGCAUAUGGGACACUUUGUUUACUAAUUCACAGGGGCGGAGUCAUAGGACACAGUGAUAAACAAAAUUUGAAUAAUAUAGAAUGCUACUAGUCAUAUUAAUAUAAGUGUAAAAGAAUUUGUAAAUAUAUUUUUUUUUAUUUAUAGAUUAAAAUGGAAUGGUAAACCCAACCAAAUGCAGUGUAGCCUGAUAGAUGAGCAUAAACUAUUGUUUUGAAUUCACUAGAAAUGAAUGACAAUGAUUUUCAGGGGCUAUUAUUUUCUUACAUUAUUUACAUUAUAAUUUUUUUUUUUUUUGUAUAUUUAUUACACAAUUAUGCAUGAACAAUUGUGUAAUAAGUACUCAUAGUUGAAACUUUGCUUUAUGUAGGACUAGAUGUGGCUGUUGUAAAUACCACAGAACAUAUUAAACCGUGGUAUUUAUCUAUAUUAAUAUUAUGAAUGGAAAUGUUUAUUUGUAAUGGAUAAACUUCGAAACUACUAGACCUAUUUGAAAAUUCGUUCACCUAUAGAUAUAUAGAAUUACAUUUGUUUCAGCAUCACAUGUGGAGGUAUCUCAAGAAAGAAGCUACAUUAUCAACAAGUAACAUGGGUUGUAUUGUUCUGGGCCGAAACACUAUAUUAGUUAAAAUUCAUAAUAUUUUUGUUGUUGGUUAUUUUCUACUUGUAAGUUGAUAAUUUGAAAUUCUCUGGUCUUGUUGGAAAUUUGUUCUUUUGAUUCGUUAGCAGAGUGGGAGUUGGGUUUGUUUGUGGUCAAGUAAGGAUCAAUUUAAGGUCUGGUGGUACAUGGUGGACAGUAUUUACCGCUACUCACGUUGAUUGCAGAUUCUAUCUCUGCACAGUACAAAAAAAUCAUAUUCGUGAGUGUUUUUGUAGUGUUGUAUGAAAUUUAAUAAAACUUCAUAAUUGACAUAUCUACAUAUAGCGCAGUUUAAUAUACGAAUCUCAAGAGUAAGAGAGCUCUGUUGCAGAAAUAUCUCACUGAAUAAAAUAUUGAUACAUGCUUGCUUAAAGAGACAAGGUUGUUAUUGUAGUGUAUUUUUUUUAUGUAUAUUUUUUAAAAAUAGAUAAAAUUUUAUAUGAGAAAUCGGUUACAACAGGAUACAACAGGGCUGUAUACCUGAAGAAAAUAAAAUCCUUUAAAAUCGAAGAAAAGUAUUUGUGUAUUAGUUUGUAGUAAGGUAGUAUUGCACAAGUUUUAUUAGUGUGCAACCAGAUGUCGCUGAGUAAUAUGUCCUGCGGUAUUUUUUUUUUAUUUUACUAUAUUUUUAUUGUCGUCGAAUGAGUUCCUAAAGGAGUAAAUACUCAAUUUGUCUUUUAGUGUGGUCUGAAACGAAGUUGAUUAUUGUUAUUGGAUUCAAUAAUGUUUAUUCAUCCCCACGUUGGUCUGGUUGUGGGUACGACUACAUUGCAUUGUCACAAAAAUGUGUUUUUCAUUCCAUCAAUUUUGAAUCUAAUGUGUGUACAAACCACUACUAACUUGAUCGAUGUGUGUUCACGAUUGUAAUCUGCGAUAUAAAAUAUCUUGUUAUCUAUUGUUUUGCAAAUAUAUAAUAGAGUUCGUACAGGUUCGUACUAUGUGAAGUCAAGAGAUUAUAAAAACAGAAUUACGUCUUUUAACAUACGUGACAGAAAUAAAAUAAUAAAUACAUUUCCAUGAAGUGAGUCUUUAGUUUGUUUGUCAAGUAUUAAAAAUCAUAAUAAUAAAUACAAACAAAGCAGAACACAAAAAAAAGUAUAAGAAAAUAAUAAAAACAAAAAUAGCCACAAAAAUUGUUUGUUUCCUAGGGUUAGGAUUGUCGUUAUUCGGUCACUAUUUGUCUCAUUUGUUGGAAUACAGGCUAGAAUAAAAGAGAAUAGUCGAAGGAUGCAAAAAAAGUCAUUUUCAGAUUCAAAGACAAUUUCAAAUUGUCUGUUUAAAAUUCGAAUACCGAGAAUACCUAAGUUCUAUAUCUAUAUAUGUUUUGGUUUUGAUAAGUGAUGUUUCCUAGAUAUUGUAUCUAUGUAUAAUACUGUUUGCCCAAAUAAAACAAUAUACCUAUCUAAAUGGUUUUCAGCAAGUCAUGUAGUCUACUAUGAUUUCAUUGUCCUUGAAUGAGUUCCUAAAGGAGGAAAUACUGAAUUUGUCUUUUUGUGUGAUCUGAAUGGAAGUCGGUAUUUGUUUUUAAAAUCAAUAAGGUUUAUUCGUUCUCGUGUUGGCCUUAUUAAUUUUGUAACAAUUGAUGUUGCCAUAUUUAUUUGCGGUACAAAUAAUUGCUUGUUUCUAACUAAAAUCUAUUUGUAGACACGUGAGUCCACGUUCUAAAUUCAAUUAUUUUCAAAAAAAUAGUAAUAGAAAAAUUAUUAUUGGUAGGAAAUAUUACAAAUACAUACAAAGUAGGCAAAAUGGGCUGGUUCAGGUGAUGUCGCUUGUGUCACAGUACAAUGUGUACGAGUAUGACUGCACAGCGCUGGUUUCCAGCCAGUCUCAGUCUUAAUAAAACAAAAGAAAAUGUAAAGUGGUUUUGGGUGCGACUGCAUUAUAAUAAAAAUUUUUAUAUUAUCAAUUAUACAAAAUAUCAACUUCAUCGGUGUGGUUACGAUUGAAAUGUUUACAAAAUUAAUUAUCUUGUUGUUUAUUGUGUUUUCCAGACACAAUAGAGUUUGUACGAGAAUAGAGAGAGAACGAGACUGAAAUUGAGAAAUAAAAAAUAAGAUUGUAAUCUGUGUCUUGUAAAUGUGUAACAAAAUUUUGAUACUUCAUCGGUGUGUUCACAAUUGAAAUCUAUUUACAAAAUUAAAUAUCUUGUCAUCUGUUCUAUUUUCCAGACAUACAAUAGAGUUUGUACGGGAGUGUGUGAAAUUGAGAGAUCGAAAAAUGCUAUUUUAAUCUAUUAUAAUGUGUGACAAAAAUAAAUCAAUAAGUACAUUUCCAUGAGGUGAGUCGUCUACUUGUUUUGUCAAGUAUUAAAAAAAAUUGUCUUAAGUUUUCUACAGGUUUGUCGUUAUUUUUCUCAAUUAUUGGAAUACAGGCCAGUGGAAUAAAAAUAAAACAACCGGAGGGUGCAAAAAUAUGAAAAAUAUGCAGGUGUAAUGUUUCACAUUAUUUGUUAUAUUCAGGCGAAAUAACUUCCAAAAUAAGAGAAUAAUAAAAAAAAAAAUACAUAACGUCAUUGGCAUUUACUACUUUCUGCCAAACGAUUCGGCAAGUCAUAUAUGGUUUUUGCUAUGGUAGAGUGCAGGCCAGAAUAAAAUGAAAGUAAGAGAAGGGUGCAAAAAAAAUAUAUAAUUUUAAAUGUUAUAAAAUAAAUUGUAAUGACAAAUUGAAAAUUCUCCGGCGCAAUACGCCAACUCGCCAUGAGGUGCAGUGUCCAUGGUUUGCUGGUCCUUGUAGUGGCCGCUGCUCGUGCCAUCCUUUUCGUGAAUUAUACUUUCAUAAUGGGCUGAAUAACAAAAAAAACAUUGUACAUGAAAACGUAUAAAUUGAACAGUAGUAUUAUUUUAUUGUUAACUACUGAAUUAUUGUCUUGGGUAGUUCUUAUGGAGUACAAUGGCAUAUUCGUAGUUGUAGUUUUGUCUAAUAUCUGUAUGGAUCAAUAUGUGACAAAAAGACUCACCAAAGGGAAAAUUACAAAAAGGUUAGCAUUCAUUUUAAAUGUCGCCGAUACCUACCAGUCGCAUAUCUAUAUAUAUUUCGGUUCUUUUGGUUUUUAAUAAGGAGAAGGUCAUCACUCAUUUCCGUGUUGGUGUCAUUAAUUUUGUGACUAUUGAUUUUUCCACAUUUGUUUGUGAAGCAAAAAAUUGUUGUUUCAAACUAAAAUCUUUUUGUAGACACAAGAAUCCACGUUUUAAAUUAGAAUAUUUUUAAAAAUCGAAAUAUAUUUAUUGCCAGAAAACAUUCCAAAUACAUAUAAACUAGGCAAAACGGACUAGCAGUGCUGUAUUUCAGCCAGUCUCUUUUAAUAAAAUAACAAAAUAUAAACUUGUUGGAAUACAACAAAAAUGUGCUUUCAAUACCAUCAAUUUUCAAUGUAUCUUCAAAACGCUUACUUCAUCAGUGUGUUCACGAUUGAAAUCUGUGUACCAUAUUAAAUAUCCUGUUAUAUGUUGGUGUUUUCCAAAUACAUAACAAAGUAUGUAGGGGACUGUGUGAAAUUGAGACGUCAAAUUAAAUCUCUGACAAAAAUAAAACAAUAAAUAGAUAUAAUUUCCAUAAGUUGAAUCCUUAGAUUGUUUGCCAAGUAUUAAAAAAAAAUACAUUAAGUUUUGUACUGGGUUGUCGUUAUUUUGUUGGUAUUUGUUUCAAUUGUUGGAAUACAGGCUAGAAUAAAAAGAAAACAACUAAAGGGUGCAAAAGAAAAAAAAAACAGCAAUUUUAAAUAUUACAAAAAUGUAAUUGUAAAUUGCCUACAAAAAUUUCUGAAUGACUGAAAUUCUAUUACCGAGAAUACCAGUCCUAGAUCCAUAUAUCUCUUAUUUUUUAUAAAGGAUUUUUCCUAGAUAUUAUAUCUAUCAUAUAUACCUAUUACUCAUCCUUACUAAAGGAUCUUCCUGAUUAUCCGAAUAAAACAGUGUACCUAACUAAAUGGGUUUCGGAAAGUCGUAUAGUUUUUGCUAUAUUUUGAUUGUCGAUGAAUGAGUUCCCAAUGGAGCAAAUACUUGUCUUUUUGUGUGGUCUGAAUGGAAGUAAUUGAUUUUGAAAUCAAUGAGGUUCUUUCUUUCCCGUGUUGAUAUUAUUAAUUUUGUGACUAUUGAUUGUACCAUAUUUGUUUGCAGAGCAAAAAAUUGCUCGUUUCAAACUAAAAUCUAUUUGUAGACACACGAAUCCACGUACUAAAUACAAUUAAUUUAAAAAAAAUAGUAAUAGAAAAUUCUUAUUGGCAGGAAAUAUUACAAAUACCAUACAAAGUAGGCAAAAUGGGCUGGUUCAGCUGGUGUCUCUUGUCACAGUACAAUGUGUACGAGUAUGACUGCACAGCGCUGGUUUCCAGCCAGUCUCAGUCUUAAUAAAACAAAAAAUAUAAAAUGGUUUCGGGUGCGACUGCAUUAUAAUCAAUUUUUUUAUAUAUUCAAAUUUACUAAAUACCAAAUUCAUCCGUGUGGUUACGAUUGAAAUAUUUACAAAAUUAAUUCUCUUUUUAUUUAUUGUGUUUUCCAGACAAAAUAGAGUUUGUACGAGAAUAGAGAGAGUACGAGACUGAAAUUGAGAAAUAAAAAAAUAGGAUUGUAAUCUGUGUCUUGUAAAUGUAUAACAAAAUUUUGAUACUUCAUCGGUGUGUUCACAAUUGAAAUCUAUUUACAAAAUUAAACAUUUUGUCAUCUGUUGUGUUUCCCAGACAUACAAUAGUGUUUGUACGGGAGUGUGUGAAAUUGAGAGAUCGAAAAAUGCUAUUUUAAUCUAUUAUAAUGUGUGACAAAAAUAAAUCAAUAAGUACAUUUCCAUGAGGUGAAUCGUCUACUUGUUUUGUCAAGUAUUAAAAAAAAUUGUCUUAAGUUUUCUACAGGUUUGUCGUUAUUUUUCUCAAUUAUUGGAAUACAGGCCAGUGGAAUAAAAAUAAAACAACCGGCGGGUGCAAAAAUAUGAGAAAAAAAAAAUUACUGACAUUAGCAUUUACGAAUUUCUGCCAAACGAUUCGGCAAAUAAUAUGGAUAGUCUUCGCAGUUUGUGUCGGUGUACGAGUUCCUCAAGGAGGAAAAACUCAAUUUAUGUUUUUUGUGGUGAGAAACUAAGUUGAUAAUACAUCGGAGUACAGGCUAGAGUAAAAAGAAAACGAGCAAAGGGUGCAAAAAAACGAAAGUUUAUAAUUUUAAAUAUUACAAAAAUGUAAUUAUAAAUUGCCUACUAAAAUUUCUGAAUGACUGAAAUUCUAUUACCGAGAAUACCAGUCCUAGAUCCAUAUUAUCUCUUAAUUUUAAUAAAGGAUUUUUCCUAGAUAUUAUAUCUAUCAUAUAUACCUAUUACGCAUCCUUACUAAAGGAUCUUCCUGUUUAUCUGAAUAAAAAAGUGUACCUAACUGAAUGGGUUUCGGAAAGUUGUAUAGUUUUUGCUAUAUUUUGAUUGUCUAUAAAUGUGUUUAAUAGUUGCCAAUGGAGGAAAUACUCAAUUUGUCUUUUUUGUAGUCUGAGUGAAAGUUGAUGAUUAAUUUGAAAUAAUUAGAGUUCAUUCGUUCCCGUGUUGAUCUCAUUACUUUUGUAACUAUUGAUGUUACCAAUUUGCGUGUGGAGCAGAAAAUUGUUUGUUUCAAACUAAAAUCUGUGUACGUGCGAAUAAUAGAAAUUAUAAAAUAUUUAUUUGAUAAGGAAGAGAUUAUAACUCCUACCAGUCCGAUAUCUAUAUAUCUUUUGGUUUUGAUAAAGAAAAAAGGUCAUCAGCCGUUUCAUAGAUAUUGUAUUUAUGAUACGAAUAUAUAUUACCCAUCCCUACUGCAGUAUCUUUUUGUUUAUCCAAAUAAAACAGUGUACCUUACUUAAUUGGGUCUCGGCAAGUCAUAUAGCCUUUGCUGUUAUUUUAUUGUCUUGGAAUGAUUUCCUAAAGGAGGAAAUACUGAAUUUGUCUUUUUGUGUGAUCUGAAUGGAAGUCGGUAUUUGUUUUUAAAAUCAAUAAGGUUUAUUCAUUCCCGUAUUGGCCUUAUUAAUUUUGCAACAAUUGAUGUUGCCAUAUUUAUUUGCGGAGCAAAAAAUUGCUUGUUUCUAACUAAAAUCUAUUUGUAGACACAUGAAUCUACGUACUAAAUACAAUUAAUUUAAAAAAAUAGUAAUAAUAAAAUUCUUAUUGGCAGGAAAUAUUACAAAUAUGUACAAACUAUGCAAAAUGGGCUGGUUCAGGUGAUGUCGUUUGUGUAACAGUACAAUGUGUACGAGUAUGACUGCCCAUCGCUGGUUUCCAGCCAGUCUCAGUCUUAAGAAAACAAGAAAAUGUAAAGUGGUUUUGGCUGCGACUGCAUUGCAAUAAAAUUUUGAUAUUUCAUCGGUGUGUUCACGAUUGAAAUCUAUUUACAAAAUUAAACAUUUUGUCAUCUCUUGUGUUUCCCAGACAUACAAUAGUGUUUGUACGGGAGUGUGUGAAAUUGAGAGAUCGAAAAAUGCUAUUUUAAUCUAUUAUAAUGUGUGACAAAAAUAAAUCAAUAAGUACAUUUCCAUGAGGUGAGUCGUCUACUUGUUUUGUCAAGUAUUAAAAAAAAUUGUCUAAAGUUUUCUAUAGGUUUGUCGUUAUUUUUCUCAAUUAUUGGAAUACAGGCUAGUAGAAUAAAAAUAAAACAACCGGAGGGU